GCCACUCUCACGGUUGCCACCCUAGCACGCGCUCGCCGUCGCCACGCUCUAUAUCUCGCGCCUCUCGCCUUCCACUCUUUCUAUACCCGCCCGCUCGCCUCCCUGGUACGCUUCGUGCCGCCGCCGCAACCUCCUCCUCCCCGUCACAGAUUGCAGAUCAUUUAACAUAAAUGGCUGACUCAGAGGACAUUCAGCCCCUAGUCUGUGACAAUGGAACUGGAAUGGUCAAGGCUGGCUUUGCUGGAGAUGAUGCUCCCCGUGCUGUUUUCCCAAGUAUAGUUGGUCGUCCACGCCACACUGGUGUCAUGGUUGGGAUGGGACAGAAGGAUGCUUAUGUUGGUGAUGAGGCCCAAUCCAAGAGGGGUAUCCUGACUUUGAAGUAUCCCAUCGAGCAUGGAAUCGUAAGCAACUGGGAUGACAUGGAAAAGAUCUGGCAUCACACCUUCUAUAAUGAGCUUCGUGUAGCACCAGAAGAGCACCCAGUUCUUCUUACAGAGGCUCCUCUUAACCCUAAGGCUAACAGGGAAAAGAUGACACAAAUCAUGUUUGAAACUUUCAGUGUUCCUGCUAUGUAUGUUGCUAUUCAAGCUGUCCUUUCCCUUUAUGCUAGUGGCCGUACCACUGGUAUUGUCCUGGAUUCUGGAGACGGUGUCAGCCACACUGUCCCAAUCUAUGAAGGCUAUGCCCUCCCGCAUGCCAUUCUUCGUCUCGAUCUUGCUGGUAGGGACCUCACUGAUUCCCUCAUGAAGAUCCUGACUGAGAGGGGUUACUCUUUCACAACCACUGCUGAGCGGGAAAUUGUCCGUGACAUCAAGGAAAAGCUUGCAUAUGUCGCGCUCGACUACGAACAAGAACUCGAGACCGCCAAGAGCAGCUCAUCAGUUGAGAAGAGCUAUGAACUGCCUGAUGGACAAGUGAUCACAAUAGGCGCAGAGCGCUUCAGAUGCCCGGAGGUUCUCUUCCAGCCAUCCUUCAUUGGUAUGGAAGCUCCAGGAAUCCACGAGACGACCUACAACUCCAUCAUGAAGUGUGACGUUGAUAUCAGGAAGGACCUGUAUGGCAACAUUGUCCUCAGUGGUGGAUCCACCAUGUUCCCUGGCAUCGCCGACCGCAUGAGCAAGGAGAUCACUGCGCUCGCGCCAAGCAGCAUGAAGAUCAAGGUCGUCGCUCCACCAGAGAGGAAGUACAGUGUCUGGAUCGGAGGAUCAAUCCUUGCAUCCCUGAGCACAUUUCAGCAGAUGUGGAUCUCAAGGGCUGAGUAUGAGGAGUCUGGUCCAGCUAUUGUCCACAGGAAGUGCUUCUAGACGUCACCUAGCCUUAAUUCUCCUCUGGAAAUACCUUCGUUUGAUGACAUAUCUAUGGGUGGUUGCUCUGCUAUAGCUCGCAGUUUUUGUGUUUGCCAAUAUAUCCGGUAACAUUGUGGAGUCAGCCGUCCACUGUAUGAAGUAUGUAGUUUGGUUAUAUAUAUAUUGAUUGUAUUAUUUACUCGAUUCUAUGGGUUCUUGGAUACCUGGAAUGUGCAUGAUAUUUUUAAAUUUUUGU